AUCCCCACACUCAUCAACCGAACUAACUGAAUCCGGCAACCAUCAACAAAUCAAUCAAAUGGCCACUUCCACCAUUCAUCCCUCGCAUUUGAUCUUGCUCUCUUCCCUUCUCCUGCUCUCCUUCUCCUCCACCUCCUCUCUUGCCCAAACAUCAUUCCGGCCUAAGGCCCUCGUCCUCCCCGUCACGAAAGACAUCUCGACCCUCCAGUUCGUGACUCGUAUCCACCAGAGGACUCCCCUCGUGCCACUGAGCCUGGUGGUCGACCUCGGCGGGCGACACUUCUGGGUCGACUGCGAUGACCCCAGCUAUGUCUCCUCGACCUACAGCUCCCCUCGGUGCAGGUCGGCCCAGUGCUCCCUCGCCCAGACUAAUGGGUGCGGGCAGUGUUUCUCCCUUGCCCGACCGGGAUGCAACAACAACACUUGUGCCAUGGGCCCAGAAAACAGCGUGACUCGCACUGCCACCGGUGGUGAGCUGGCAUCUGAUGUGGUCUCCGUACUAUCCACUGAUGGGUCGAACCUGGGCAGGGCGGUGAGGGUGUCCCAGUUCCUGUUCGCAUGUGGCUCGACAUUUCUGCUGGAUGGGCUGGCACGUGGGGUCAAAGGCAUGGCAGGGCUAGGCCGGACGAAGAUCUCAUUCCCAUCACAGCUCUCCUCCGCCUUCAGCUUCCGUCGAGAGUUUGCCAUCUGCCUCCCAUCCUCUACCAACUCAACAGGAGUCAUAUUCUUCGGGCCCGGACCUUAUAAGUUUCUUCCUAAUAUCGACGCCUCAAUGUCUCUCGGCUACACGCCGCUCCUUAACAACCCAGUGAGUACCGCCACAUCCUACACUGCUGGUGAGCCGUCCUACGAGUACUUCAUCGAUAUCAAUGCCAUCCGUGUCGAGGACAUGCCCAUACAGUUGAACGCCACCCUGUUGACCAUCAACAGAAAUGGUAACGGCGGGACCAAGAUCAGCACGGUAGUUCCAUACACCGUCCUCGAAGCAUCUAUCUUCAAAGCAGUCUCAGAGGUAUACAUCUCUAAGAUGGCUGGAACGAACGUGAUGAGGGUCAAGCCCGUGAAGCCAUUCGACGUGUGCUUCAGCUCAAAGAACAUAGAGAAGACGAGCAUCGGGCCGGAAGCGCCAUACAUCUACUUGACACGGCAGAAUCAGCAACCAGUUUGGGCCAUACUGGGAUCGAACUCGCUGGUUCAAGUAAACAAUGAAGUGAUGUGUCUUGCUUUUAUUAACGGAGGAGCCAACCCAACCACGUCUAUAGUGAUCGGAGCAUAUCAAUUGCAAGAUAACUUACUGCACUUCGACUUGGCAAAGUCGAGGGUUGGGUUCAGUAGCACCCUCUUGAACGUAGGCACAAGCUGUGCUAAAUUCAAUUUCAGUGCCAUCGGCCAUUAAUUAAAGGGUCAUCCGGCUAGCAUUUGGGAAAUUGAAUAAAUGCUCUCAAAGCAUAAAGAAGAGUGAUUUUGUAUAUGUCGUGAUCAGCGUCACCUGCAAAAAAAUUAUUUGUAUGAUUUGUGGAAUUAUGGGAUUAUUAUAUAAUUUUAAUUCUUUCUGGGUAAGAUUGUGCUG